CUUUCAAAAUCCAGCAGUUUCUGGCUAGUUUCUCAAACCUACCUACCCUGCCUUUAACUUGAGUGUUGGAUGUUUGUCUUUCUUUUGCAGUACAUGAGUGGUUUUGGGAACGAGUUCUCUUCUGAAGACCCUCGCUGUCCUGGAUCUUUACCGGAGGGACAGAACAAUCCUCAGGUCUGUCCCUACGGCCUCUAUGCUGAGCAGCUCUCUGGCUCUGCCUUCACCUGCCCACGGUCAGCCAAUAAGAAGAGUUGGUUCUACCGUGUCUUGCCAUCUGCCAAACAUAAGCCUUUUACCCCAGUGCCCAGUGGAAAUCUAACAGACAACUGGAAUGAGGUUGAGCCUGACCCUAACCAGCUGCGAUGGCUGCCGUUCACCAUUCCCAAAUCUACAGAGAAGAAAGUGGACUUUGUGGCUGGUCUGCACACUGUCUGUGGCGCUGGGGAUGCCAAAUCUCGCAAUGGCAUUGGCGUCCACGUGUACACCUGCAACACCUCCAUGGCUGACAGGUGCUUCAACAACUCCGACGGAGACUUUCUGAUUGUCCCCCAGCAGGGUGAGAUCUUGAUCACCACAGAGUUUGGGAAAAUGAUGGUCGAGCCGAACGAGAUCUGUGUCAUCCAGCAAGGGAUGCGCUUCAGUGUGGAUGUUUUUGGAGAAACCAGAGGCUACAUACUGGAGGUGUAUGGAGCCCAUUUUGAGCUCCCUGACCUGGGACCCAUAGGAGCCAAUGGUCUGGCCAACCCAAGAGAUUUCCUGUGCCCAGUUGCUUGGUACGAGGAUCGCAAGGUUGCCACAGGUUACACCAUCAUCAACAAGUACCAAGGAAAGCUCUUCGCCUGCAAACAGGAUUUCUCACCAUUCAAUGUGGUGGCUUGGCACGGAAACUACACACCUUACAAAUACAACCUGAAGAACUUCAUGGUUAUCAAUGCUGUGGCCUUUGACCAUGCGGAUCCAUCUAUCUUUACUGUGCUGACUGCCAAGUCCACACGACCAGGUGUGGCCAUUGCUGACUUUGUCAUCUUCCCACCUCGGUGGGGUGUGGCUGACCACACCUUCCGUCCACCGUACUAUCACCGCAACUGCAUGAGUGAAUUCAUGGGCCUGAUCAAAGGCCACUAUGAAGCUAAAGAGGAGGGCUUCCAGCCAGGAGGGGCCAGCCUCCACAGCAUCAUGACCCCGCACGGCCCAGACGCCGAAUGCUUUGAGAAGAACAGCACUGCUGAGCUCAAACCUGAGAGGGUGGCUGAGGGAACCAUGGCUUUCAUGUUUGAAUCAUCCUUCAGUAUGGCAGUGACCAAGUGGGGACUACAAACAUGCCAGAGGCUUGACAAGAACUACUACCAGUGCUGGGAACCUCUUCGCAGCCACUUUAAUCCCAACUGGAAGCCCAGCAAACAGUAGCAAAACAGAGUAAUAACUAAAUCAUACAAAGAUAAAAAUUGUUUAUCUUAAAAUUUCAUUUUAGUAAACAUCAGUGCCAUCAAGCCAGUAUCUGUGGAACUGCUCUCUUUGUGUUGCUUGAUUAAGUGUGUUGAUGAAACUGCAGGAGCAAUAAAAUCAUUUUUUUUUAAUGCAGACAACUAAGAUUGGAGAUGCACAAUAAAAACUGAAACUUGUGUGACAAACA